CGCCACUCCACACCGCCAACCUCUCUCCGCACGCCCAAUUCAAUCGCCAGGGCCCAGGGGGGAAAAUAUCGAAGCGGAAGCGAGAAGGCGCCGCUCCCAUGGCCGCGGGCCUCCGCCUCCAGUUCUGCCCCCGCCUCCUCGCCUUCGCGGCCUCCUCUCACCCGCUCCUCGCCGUGCACCCCGGAGCCCUGCCCCUGCGCCGUGCCGGACCCGCGAUGCCUCUCGCCGCCCGCGCCCGCCGCGGCUUCGGCUCCACCCUCGCCGCCGCCCCGCCCGCCGAGGACGACGACUUCGCCACAGCUGCCGACCUCCGGUUCGAGCCGCCGCUCAAGGUCGUGCAGUACCCCGACCCCGUCCUGCGCGCGCGCAACAAGCGCAUCAACACCUUCGACGACAACCUCCGCGCCCUCGCCGACGAGAUGUUCGACGUCAUGUACAAGACGGAUGGCAUUGGUCUCUCAGCACCACAAGUCGGAGUGAAUGUGCAGCUUAUGGUAUUCAAUCCAGCUGGGGUAAAGGGUGAAGGAGAGGAGAUUGUCCUUGUUAACCCAGUGGUAUACAAGUCCGCGAAGCGAUUGCUUGUUUUUGAAGAAGGGUGCUUAUCAUUUCCUGGAAUAUAUGCCAAUGUGGUGAGACCAGAAAAUGUGAAAAUUGAUGCUCGCGAUGUUACAGGGGCAAAGAUCAAAGUUAAACUGUCAGGUCUGCCUGCAAGAGUUUUCCAGCAUGAGUUUGAUCAUUUGCAGGGGAUUCUUUUCUUUGAUAGGAUGACUAUGGAUGUUCUUGAAACCAUACGUGAGGAACUGAAGAACUUAGAGAAGAAAUACGAGGAAAUAACAGGGCUAACAAGUCCUGAAACUGUUGAGAACUUCAAGGGGACAAAGGAUGUUCUUAGUUUUUCAAGAUGAUGACUUUUAGCAGGUUAUGGAAGUUUUGCAAAUACAUAGCCAAGCUGAGCUUUAGCCUGAAGAGUUUCUGGAACAUCUGGUUAUACCAGUAACACACUGCUGUAGUUCCAGUGUUGGCAGUCUUGCUAUGCCUUAUUAUCUGCAAGAUCAAUGAAAUUACGGACAACAAAUUUCCUAGUUACAAAUGAGGUGUCAUUUUCAAUGCUAAUGUUGUCUGCAUGUUUAAGACUUUUAAGAGAUAUUUUAGUGCUGCUUUUUCCAUGAUAUUAUUAAUGUAAUGGGCUCCUCUCUCCACUUUAAAGUGGAAAGCAAAAUUUUCUUCUUUUGUAUUUCUUAAAAGACUUAACGAAGGGUUACAAUCUAUUUAAUUGUGGAAUGCAAGCAACACUAAGA